AUGCAUGCAGCUUGCGGUAGACCGCAUGACAACGCUGCUUUCAAGGUAGUAUGGAAAACGAGGACUAUUACCCAAAUUGGCGCCAUCCAUUUCGAUAUCGAAACCGGAAGAGAACUCGCAAGCUUUUGUGAAUUUCCCCAACUCCAGUCCAGCCUUAACUUUGGUCCGGCUCAAGAUACCAUAACCAUUACUUGGUGCAAGAUUCACAAUCCUGAAGCUCUCAAAAAGAGUCAGGAGAGCACUGUAACUCUCGACAACGCAUUGAAAGCAUUCACGGCCUGGGUCGAUUCUUACCGGGAAUCCACGCGUAGAGAAGCCCAGGCAAGUUGUGUAAGGGAUUUGAUGGGAGAAGUAAAGAUUUGGGCAAAUGGAAGCAUGCAGGAUAAUCGAUGGAUCGAUACCGCUUACACUAUCUGCAACCUCGCAAAGCCAUGGAAGUAUUAUAGCAAUAUGUGCAUCAUGACGACGAACAACACAGUCCUCGAGUUGACUGGAAGAAACUAUCGCAUGGAAGCAGAGCAAGACAGAAAGGGUGCGCAUGAUGCUGUCGCUGAUUGCAUGCAUCAAAUUGGGUGGUUUAUGCCAUGUCUCACGGCACUUCGAGACAACUCGAGGAAGCGAAGGAUCGAUGACCAGAACGAGACAUACCGGAGAAAUCAACGACGCAUGUUGACGAGGCAAUAG